AUGGACAAGGCUCCGGUCCAAGCCUAUGCAAAAUUAGAAAGCGAAAGCUUCUGCUACUAUAUAAGAACUCUUCAGGUCAUGUUGGGACGUAAGGCUAGUUCUUCUGAUCAAGUAGAUAUACACCUAGGUCCAACUAAAGCUAUUUCGCGUCAACACGCGCGACUUUCCUAUAAUUUUGCUACCCAACGCUUUGAAUUGAUGAUAUUUGGAAAGAACGGUGCCUUUGUCAAUGAGCAGUUCGUUGAGAAAGGAGAAGUCGUCCCACUAGAGAACAGUUUAACUGACGACGAAUCAAGAAUCAGGUCCAUUCGUCGACAACAACCUAAUGUUAUCACAAGAUCAAAGGCAAAGAAUGAUCCCAGCGUGGCGACGAUGGACGCAAGAGAAUCGUCAUCUGGAAGGGUAGCUUCAUCAAUCGAUCAAUCAGAAGUAUUCAAAUGUCAGUCGCGCACGGUAAAACCUCCUAUGUCGUAUGCCGCUCUAAUAGCACAGGCUAUAAAUGCUGCCCCACAUAGAAAGCUCACAUUGAAUGGAAUUUACAAUUACAUCACUAACGAAUACCCUUAUUAUCGUAUCGCACAGAAUGGUUGGCAAAACUCUAUUCGCCACAACCUAUCUUUAAACAAAGCAUUCAUGAAAGUACCAAGAAAAGUUAAUGAACCUGGAAAGGGAGCUUUUUGGUCAAUCGAUCCCAAUAAUGAGGGCCAGCUAUGCAAUGGUGCUUACAAAAAAAAACGACCAACUAGUAGAAAAAGAUCAAGUUCAACAGUGUCAUAUGUAAAGUCUCCUCGUGCAAAGUUACCGAACAUAACAAUAGAACACUGUUCUCGAUUCUUCAGUGGAAUGCCUCCACGUUCGCGUGAAUCAACUAUUACCGAGCCUACAUCUGUGUCUUUGCCUCGCAAUGGUGUUAAUUCGGAAUCACCUACAGAAACGCAGAGGUUGUCUGUGCCAAACUCUAUUUCAACGACACCAUGUUUACCGCCAAGGAGUAACCAACCAAGUGGUCUGUCCGAUGUCGCUUCUGAUAUUCCAGAUACAGUCAUGGAAUCGGCCUCAUCUGUUCAAACACUCGAAAAUACGCAUGGUCCAGUUCACAGCGCUCUGCCUGACAGAGUUCCAAGUACGACUAAUGGUGGUAAUUUUGGUGCGCUUGCAACGAAUCAGAAAACGCUAAAUUCUCCUCAUAACGCUUCGAUCAACGGUACCAACAUGACAACUACUGAGUUAGUGGCCGCUCAUCUUUCACAAUUGACGGGGCAACCAGUCUCUUCUGCUGUCAUACAAUUAUCAUCUAAUCGACUAACUCCCACUCAACUGCAACAACUUUCGACUGCACCACUUGUUCAAAGGCCGAAUGAGUUAAUCAUCAAGUUCGAAAACCCAGGUUCUGAUCAACAGAGUAUACCGAAUUCAUCAACACGCAGGCACAAUAAACACAAUGAAAAGGUGAAUAUGACAAACACGGCAACAACUGUCACAUUGAACUCACAAAUUACUCCUUCGACAUCAUCCGUUUUUAUAAACAGUCACCAAAGUUUUCUCGUGGAUAACUCAGGGACUCACAGACUCAUGGAUACCCCACCCACAUACUUUGACAUACUGAACGAUCUCAAUCGGGAGGUCUUUCAGGCUCAACCUAAAGAUGUGUAUCAAUUUUGUGCCAACUAUUUUAAUAGAAAACUAGAGGAACAAAGAGUUAAACUUCUAGCAAAUGGUCAACAGAAUAUGCAGUUUGUCCAGCCCCCAGGCAUACCUGACUUUUACUCUUCUAAAGCCUCUACGGCGAGUACGCCAACGACGGAUUACUAUGCAGACAGUGACGAAGAGAUGUAUGAUGAAGAACCCGGUGAUUUACCUAUAAUUCCAAUAACUUAUAACCGUGGCCGUCGCACAUCCGUAAGUGCAGAAUCGAUGGCUCCAAGUCAAGACAAAGACUACAUUAAAGUAGUCAUUCCCAAGACAGAACAACAAAGACAGCGAAUAGAGGCGUCGAUCGCCAAUAAUUUUCUAUUUAAAAAUUUAGAUGAAGAACAGUAUAAAGACGUAAUUGAUGCAAUGGUUGAGAAGAGAGUUAUUGAAGGCGAAGAAGUGAUCAAGCAAGGUGGUAUCGGUGAUUACUUCUACGUCGUUGAAACCGGUACCUUCGAUGUCUAUGUCUCAAAGAACGGAGCCCCUCCGGAGAGAGUCAACGAAUAUGGUCCAGGUGGGAGUUUUGGUGAGUUAGCAUUGAUGUAUAAUGCACCACGUGCUGCUAGCAUCGUAGCGACUUCAGAUGCUGUUCUUUGGGCACUCGAUCGAGUUACAUUCCGGCGUAUCUUGAUGGAGAACACUUCUCGCAAACGUCGAAUGUACGAAACAUUCCUUGAGGAAGUUCCUCUUCUAGUCUCGUUGGAACCAUAUGAACGACACAAGAUUGCAGAUGCGCUAGAGUCUCUCUACUACGAAGAUGGGGAGCUUGUAAUUAAACAGGGGGAUAUUGGUAACAACUUUUACCUCAUAGAAUCUGGUGAAGCUCGCUUGACCAAAGUCGACGAAGAUGGAGUUGAACAUGAGCUUCCAGGGCUGAAAAAAGGAGAUUACUUUGGGGAGCUUGCUCUUCUCAAUAAUAAGCCGCGCGCAGUAAAUAUUCGUGCAAAAGGACGACUAAAGGUUGCAACGUUGGGAAAGAAGGCUUUUGUUCGACUCUUGGGACCAGUCGUUGAUAUUUUUAAACGAAAUUGCGAUAACUAUGACUAG